GAAGCCAUCUAAAUAUUCUUCAUUCAAUUCUAGAGAAAGUCCAAAUUUUCCGAGGAAAGAAAUGUCAGGAAGAGGAAAAGGAGGAAAGGGAUUGGGAAAAGGAGGAGCAAAGAGACACAGGAAAGUUCUUAGAGACAACAUCCAAGGAAUAACCAAGCCCGCGAUUAGGCGUCUAGCUCGUAGAGGAGGCGUGAAGCGAAUCAGCGGUUUGAUCUACGAAGAAACCAGAGGAGUUUUGAAGAUCUUUCUUGAGAAUGUGAUCAGAGACGCCGUGACUUACACUGAGCACGCGAGGAGGAAGACGGUGACGGCGAUGGAUGUUGUUUAUGCUUUGAAGAGGCAAGGACGCACUCUCUAUGGAUUCGGUGGUUAAAUCGUCUUUUGUUUUCAUUUGAUUAAGUCUUGCUGUCAAGAAAUUUUAGUUUUCUUCUUCUUUUGUGGUUUUAAGGUUUGUUUGUGGCCUUUGGGCUACUUGUAAUGAAGUUUCUCUUAUGGGCUAAUGAAAGUUCUGUUACUCAA